CAAAAAAUUUCCAUCCCCAUCACGGUCACGGCACCCUAUACCACACGCGCCCGCCCCGCCGCCCACGUCCCAAAACCCAGCGGCUGCGGUGAUAUCUCCUCAGCUCCUCUCCCCGCUCCCUCCCAUAGUGCCAUUCCGUUCGCUGGCGGUGCCGAUCCACCGCAUGGCUCACUUCCUGCUGUUGCUGGCUCUAGUGCUGGCCCUUGCCUCCGCGGCCUUUGUUCUCCCGGUCGCCGUCGCCGACCCGCAGGCUACGCAGCUCAACCUGGGGUGCAGCCAGUACAACGCUACGCCCACGGCUGCCUUCCUCGCCGCCCUCAACUCCACCUUCGCCGAACUCCGCGCCAACCUCUCCUCCGGCGCCGGCGGUGGAGGAGGUGAUGGCGGCUUCGCCACCGCAGCGGAGCCGCGCGCCUCCGCGCCGGCCUUCGCGCUGGCGCAGUGCCGCCCGUAUAUCGCCGGAAGGGACUGCGUCGCCUGCUUCGACGCCGCCGUGGCGCGCCUCCGCCCCGCCUGUGGUGCAGCUAACGGCGGGCGCGUCAUCCUCGACGGCUGCGUCAUACGGUACGAGAGCGCGGCUUUCUUCGACCAGGCCACGCUCCCCGGCAACACGCAGCUCUGCAACGGCUCCGCCGUGGCCGCCGCCGGCUUCGACGGCGCUGUACGAGCGCUGGUCGGCAACCUCGCGGCCGCUGUGCCCCGCGUCCCGGGGUUCGCUGCGGCGGCCGCGGGCGGCGGUGUGUACGCGGUGGCGCAGUGUGUGCGGACGGUCGGGGCGGACGGUUGUGCGCAGUGCCUGGAGGUGGCUUCGAGGAACAUUGACGGGUGCUCGCCCAAUUCCGACGGCCGCGCCGUGGAUGCUGGGUGCUUCAUGAGGUACUCCGAUAAGCCGUUCUUCCCAGCUAAUGCAACCGUAGACCUGACGCCAUACUUGAGCUCAGGGGAAUCAAGCCAGAAAGGAGCCAUUAUAGGAGGAAUUUUGGGAGGUGUAGCCUUCCUGCUGCUUGUAGGGUUAGUAGCUUUAUUGUGGAUCCGGCGGUCGAGAAAGCUGCAGAAACCCCAGAGAGGUGAUAUACUUGGAGCAACAGAACUACAGGGUCCAACAAGUUUUUACUAUCACGAUCUUAAGGCUGCAACCAAUAAUUUUAGUAAGGAAAGUAAACUUGGGGAAGGAGGUUUUGGAGAUGUAUUUAAGGGCUUGUUGAAAAAUGGGAAAACUGUUGCAGUAAAAAGGUUGACUGUAAUGGAAACUAGCAGGGCCCAAGCUGAUUUUGAAAGUGAGGUGAAGUUGAUUAGCAAUGUUCAUCAUCGAAAUCUUGUGCGUCUUCUUGGUUGUUCUCGCAAGGGGCCCAAAUGCCUGCUUGUUUAUGAAUACAUGGCAAACAGUAGCCUUGACAAGUUCCUCUUUGGUGAUAGACGCGGAAUACUUAACUGGAAGCAACGAUUUAACAUCAUUGUUGGCAUGGCUCGUGGCCUUGCAUAUCUUCAUGAGGAGUUCCAUGUGUGUAUCAUACACCGUGACAUUAAAUCUAGCAAUGUUCUUCUUGAUGAUGACUUUCAGCCUAAGAUUGCUGAUUUUGGUUUGGCAAGACUCCUACCUGAAGAUCAUAGUCAUCUCAGCACUAGAUUUGCAGGAACAUUGGGUUACACUGCUCCUGAAUAUGCAAUCCAUGGCCAACUAUCAGAGAAGGUUGACACGUACAGCUUUGGUGUAGUCAUUUUGGAAAUAAUAAGUGGUCGGAAGAGCAAUGAUACAAAGCUGGAGCCUGAAACACAGUACUUACUUGAAUCGGCAUGGAAGCUAUAUGAAAAUGAGAACUUGAUUAGUUUGGUGGACGGAUCAUUAGAUCCCGAAGAAUACAAGCCAGAAGAGAUAAAAAGAAUAAUAGAGAUAGCACUUCUCUGCACUCAGUCAGCCGUUGCUUCAAGGCCAACGAUGUCAGAGGUAGUUGUGUUGCUGUUGACAAAAAAUGCCCCAGAGAAACAGCCCACAAGACCCACUUUUAUUGAUGCAACAAGUAGAGUGCGAGGUGAAACAUCGUCCUCCAGUUCAUCUUCUGCAUCCAGGGCCACUGUUUCAUUUUCACAGUUUUCGGCCAGGUAAAAGGCUUUGCAUACGACUGCAUAUUUCUUGUGUAAUAGCGAUAUGUUUGUAACUAUAGUUCUAUACCUAUAUUGUAGAUGUUACUUGUCAUUAUAUAUGAGAGCAGUGUAAAUUAUUUAAAAAGUUCUUUUGGUCAUGUAACUGUAUGACUCAUGAUUUAUGAAUGUUACAAGAUUGUGUUUAUGUGACGUGGUCUACGGUCUAUUCGAAACCA